AUUGUUAUCAGUUGUCUAAAAAAACUGCCUCCACAACGGUUUAAAAAGGUGGGGAGGGGGACUGGUCACACGGAGACAUGUUUUUUGUCACACACCCUUUCACUGAAACAUCCACAAGCCCCCCUCCCCCAACAUACACAGAGGGACUGGACAGUCCAGUCUCUCACAAGCCUCGGAGGAAUCGACUAUUUCCUAAAAACUAGAGAGGUUUAGAGUAAUAGCUGAGCUUCAGGCUACUUCCCGAGCCUCCCCACCUCAUGAAGAAGCCCACUAUUGUCAACUUUAAGGGGGAGAUAAAUGGGGGCACUGGGAGUGGGCCCCUGAGCGAGACGACCCGAUGGGAGAGAAGGCAGGGGGAGCCCCGGGCGGCAGUUGCCUUAGGUGGGGCCCACUCUGCCUUUCUCCUUGCUGAGUAUCCCCACGAUGACUAAUGCACCUCCGUCCUGCCCCCUUUUUACCUUUAAGGAGCAGCCAGGAAAAAAAAAAAAAGAAAGAAAGAAAGAAAAAGCAGGAUUGGGGAGGCAGGAGCCAGAGGCCCAGCCCCGCCUCCGGCCCAGCCCUGCCCCUCCCCACCCCAGCCAAAAAGCCGGGCCGGGAGGGAGAGGCCGAGCAGACGCCGAGCCCAGGUGCCCCGGGAUCCAGCGCAGCCCCGAGCCCAGCCCCAGCCCGAGCCAUGGAGAGAGGCAGCCUGAUCCAGAAGGCCAAGCUGGCGGAGCAGGCCGAGCGCUACGAGGACAUGGCCGACUUCAUGAAGGGGGCCGUGGAGAAGGGCGACGAGCUGUCGUGCGAGGAGCGCAAUCUGCUCUCCGUGGCCUACAAGAACGUGGUGGGCGGCCAGCGGGCGGCCUGGAGGGUGCUGUCCAGCAUCGAGCAGAAGGGGGCCGAGGAGGAGGGCGCCGACGAGAAGGAGCGGGGCCCCGAGGUGCGCGAGUACCGGGAGAAGGUGGAGGGCGAGCUGCGCGGCGUCUGCGGCACCGUGCUGGGCCUGCUCGACUCGCACCUCAUCAAGAACGCGGGCGACGUCGAGAGCCAGGUCUUCUACCUGAAGAUGAAGGGCGACUAUUUCCGCUACCUGGCCGAGGUGGCCGUGGGCGACGACAAGAAGCGCACCAUCGACUCGGCCCGCGCCGCCUACCAGGAGGCCAUGGACAUCAGCAAGAAGGACAUGCUGCCCACCAACCCCAUCCGCCUGGGCCUGGCGCUCAACUUCUCCGUCUUCCACUACGAGAUCGCCAACAGCCCCGAGGAGGCCAUCUCCCUGGCCAAGACCACCUUCGACGAGGCCAUGGCCGAGCUGCACACGCUGAGCGAGGACUCCUACAAGGACAGCACCCUCAUCAUGCAGCUGCUGCGAGACAACCUGACCCUCUGGACGGCGGACAGCGCCGGGGAGGAGGGCGGCGACGUGCCGCCCCCCGAGGAGCAGCCCCAGAGCUGAGCCCCGCUCCCCGGAGCCCCGACGGCCCCUUCCGUUCCCCGUCCCCCGCCCCGGCCUGGCCCCCCUCGGGGAGAGGACUUGUGUGUGGGGCGGGCCCCCGGAUCCCUCUCCCUCCCUGCACCCUCCCUUCUUCUGCCCUCCUCCUCGGCCCCUCCAUCCCCGCCCCCCCUCACCGUGCGCCCCAGCUCGGAGCGACUCAGACACGAGAACGAGGCCGGCUGGGCCGAGAGCUCUGGGAGCUUCUCCUUCCAGCCGCGGGCUGUUAGGGCCGGCGGUGGCGGGAGCCCCCGUGAUCCCUGACUCUCUGAGCUGCACCCCGUCCCUGGCCCAGGUGGACCGCCCCUCCCCCCCUCCCCCCCCAGCGCUCUCCCUCUCCCUCUCCUGUCCCUGCUUCCUGUGGUUCUUAGGAUUGGGAAGCUUGAGAGGGACUGGACUGGGGAGCCCAGAGGCUUGUGUGAGUGUUGGAGGAAGCAGGAGUGUGUGAGUGGAUCUGGGUGACAGACAGCGUGUGCUGGCGCGCUGGUGAGUGAGUGUGUCUGCGACUGUCAGAGAGCAUGUCUGAGUGUGCGACAAAGUUCCCUCUCAAUAAAGAAAGCUUCCCUGACA